AUGUCCUCGGUCAGCGAAGCUGUUGGAAUUGAAAAACCUAAAGUGAGCCCUCAGGCUUCAAAGGAUAAGAAGCAGAGCAAAAAAGCUCUUAAAGAUGGGGCUUCUAAUGAAUUUCCUUUAGAGUUAUCCCCUCCACCUGAAUAUUUGCAACAUCGUAUUAAAUUAUUUGAAGAAUGGAAAACGACAUAUGACGAAGAAAUCAAGAGUAAGGCAACAUUUGCAUCAAAAGCUUCUGAUUUAUACCGCGGAUCAAUUAAGCCACGUGCUCCAAUUACUGUGACUUUCCCGGACGGAAAUAAAAAAGAAGCCACUGCUUGGGAGACUAGUCCUAUGGACCUUGCUAAAGCGAUAUCUAAAUCAUUAUCUGAACGUAUUGUGAUCGCCAAGGUUAAUGGUGAAUUAUUUGAUUUGGUCCGACCACUUGAAACAGAUUGUACUUUGGAAUUUCUAGAUUUUGAACAUGAAGAAGGGAAAAAGGUAUUUUGGCAUUCGAGCGCGCAUGUUCUUGGCGAAGCUUGUGAACGUCAUUAUGGAUGUCAUCUUUGCAUCGGACCACCUUUAGAUGACGGCUUUUACUAUGAAAUGGCUAUUAAAGAACGUGUUGUGACCCAAAAUGAUUAUGAAACUCUUAAAACGAUCGCAAAGAGUGCUAUUAAGGAGAAACAACCCUUUGAACGAUUGGUUGUUUCAAAAGAAAAUUUAUUGGAAAUGUUUAAGCAUAACCAAUAUAAAGUUCAUCUAAUUAAUUCAAAAAUUCCGGAUGGAACUUCCACCACUGUUUAUCGUUGUGGUCCUUUGAUAGAUUUGUGUAUGGGACCUCAUGUCCCACACACUGGCAAGAUUAAAGCAUUUGAAAUCACAAAGAAUUCAGCGUCUUAUUUCCUCGGUGAUUCAAAAAAUGAUUCACUUCAACGUAUCUAUGGCAUAUCUUUUCCGGACACAAAACAAAUGACUGAAUAUAUGAAAUUUGUUGAGGAAGCUGCAAGACGUCAUCAUAAAAAAAUCGGACAGGAACAAGAAUUAUUCUUUUUUGAUGAACUCAGCCCUGGAAGUUGUUUCUUUCUUCCGAAUGGUACUAGAAUUUACAAUACGCUCGUUGAUUUUAUCAAGUCGGAAUAUCGAAAAAGGGGUUAUCAAGAGGUGAUUACACCAAAUAUGUACAAUACAAAAUUAUGGGAACGAUCAGGACAUUUGCAAAAUUACGAGGAAAAUAUGUUUUGCUUUGAAGUUGAAAAAGAAAAAUUUGCGUUGAAACCAAUGAACUGUCCAGGUCAUUGUCUAAUGUUCAAGCAUAGAGACAGAUCAUAUCGUGAAUUACCUCUCCGUCUAGCUGAUUUUGGUGUUUUACAUCGAAAUGAAUUAAGUGGUGCUUUGACGGGACUAACACGUGUAAGGCGAUUUCAACAAGAUGAUGCACAUAUUUUUUGUCGACCUGAUCAGAUAGAAGAUGAAAUUAAUGCUUCACUGGAAUUCUUAAAACAUGUUUAUGGUGUUUUCGGGUUCACUUUCCAACUUAAAUUGUCUACUAGACCUGAAAAGCACUUGGGUACUAUCGAAGUUUGGAAUCAGGCUGAAAAAAGGUUAGAAGAGGCACUUAAUAAAUUUGGCGAACCAUGGGAACUUAACCCUGGUGAUGGUGCCUUUUAUGGUCCAAAGAUUGAUAUUACAGUAUCGGAUGCUAUUAAAAGGAAACAUCAAUGUGCGACAUUACAGCUUGACUUUCAACUUCCUGAACGUUUUGAACUUGAAUAUCAUACCCAAAUAGCUGGCGACUCUGAAGGAUCAUAUGCCCGUCCAGUUAUGAUCCAUCGUGCUAUAUUGGGUUCAGUAGAACGUAUGAUUGCCAUUUUGGCUGAACAUUUUGGUGGAAAAUGGCCUUUCUGGUUAUCUCCCCGCCAAGUGAUGAUCAUUCCAGUAGCAAAUACCUUCAGUGAUUAUGUCAAAAUGGUUUAUAAUGCUUGUUUCGACGCUGGCCUAUAUGUUGAGAGCGAUUUGGGUGAAAAUACUUUGAAUAAAAAGAUUCGAAAUGCUGAAAUUUCUCAAUUUAAUUUUAUUUUUGUUGUUGGUGCUGAAGAAGAAUCCACCAAAUCGGUUAAUAUUCGUAAUAGAGAUGAUGUAGGUACCAAGGCAAAAGGACAAACUAUUCCUCUAGAGGAAGCUGUUGGAAAACUUGUGAAGCUGAAAAAUGAAAAACCAAAGGCAGGAUUCUAUUUUAAUCCGGUUCCAAAUUCGAAAGAUAAUGUUGUAUGUUUUCUAUGUCAUAAAUCGAUGGAAGGUUGGGAUCCUCAAGACGAUCCGUUCGAAGAACAUGUCAAUCAUUCUCCAGAAUGUGCUUGGGCAAUUUGUUACUGCUCAAUAAGAAACUUCAAUGAUAAUCAACUACCUUUUAAUUGGGACGAUAGAGAUAAUUUACCAACUUCCAAAAAGAUGGAAGAGGCUAGAAUUAAAACUUUUGGCACUUGGUGGCCUCAUGAUGGCAAGAAAGGUUGGGUUGGUACAGUUAAAAAGAUGGCUAAAGCGGGAUUUAUUUACUCUCCAACAAUCGGUUCUCUCGACAAUGUAACUUGUCAAUAUUGUGGUGUAGGGUUAGAAGGAUGGGAACAAAAAGAUGAUCCAACGACAAGAAAGCAGAUUGCAUCGGAAGUUAUAGAUGCGAAAAUUAAGGAAGAAGAAAUGGAACUAUCAGACAUGAUAAAUCAGCUUAAAUUGAACGAACCUUCUCUCGAUAGUUCUAAAAACAAUGAUGUGAAACAGGAACAAGUAAAUUCAGAAGUGAUAAACAAUAAUUGUGCUGAUGUUGAUGAUAAUAGUGGGCACGAAAUAGUAGUUCCAUAUACAGAUACCUCCGAAUCUUCGGUUCAAGUAGAUCCAAUUGUUACUGAGUCUGCCAAAGAAGUUGCCGAACCUUUACAUGAGCAGUUGGAGGAAAUACCAAUGGUCGAAGAUCACUACGAAAAUUUGAUGGAAGAGCAAAAUAGAAAAUCAUUAAUUCCAUAUGUAAGUACAUCCGUAUCUUCAGUUCAAGCAGAGCCAAUUGCCACUGAGUCUGCCAAGGAGAUUGAACAUUAUGAAAAUUCAAUGGAGGAGCAAAAUAGAGAAUCACAUUGUUCUAUUCAAGAACACGAACAAGUAAAUUCAGAAUUGAUUAACAAUUGUGCCGAUGUUGAUGAUAAUAAUAGUCGCGAAACAGUAAUUCCAUAUACAAGUGCCCCCGUAUCUUCGGUCCAAGCAGAGCCAACUACCACUGAGUCUUUCAAUGAGAUUACCGAAUCUUUACAUGUACAGUUAGAGAAUACACAAAUUGUUGAAGAUCAUUGUGAAAACUCAUUGGAGGAGCAAGAUAGGAAAUCACAUUGUUUUAUUCAGAAUCGUGAACAAGUAAAUUCAGAAUUUAUUAACAAUAGUUGUGCGGACGUUGAUGAUAAUAGUAGACGCGAAACAGUAAUUCCAUACACAAGUGCCUUCGUAUCUUCAGUUCAAGCAGAACCAAUUAUUACCGCAUCUGCCAAGGAAAUUACCGAACCUUUACAUGAGCAAUUAGAGGAAACACCAAUGAUUGAAGAUCAUUAUGAAAGCUUUAGGGAUGUUCAAAAUAGAAAUUCAUGUUUUAUUCAGAAACAUGAACAAAUAAAUUCUGACAAUAAUUGUGCCGACGCCGAUGAUAAUAGUGGUCGCGAAAUUGUAAUUCCAUAUACAAGUGCUCCCGUAUCUUCGGUUCAAACAGAGCCAACUACCACCGAGUCUACCAAAGAGCUUACUGAAUCUUUGUAUGAGCGGUUUGGGAAACCACCAAUUUUUGAAUACAAUUUCGAAAAUUUAAUGGAGGAGCAAAAUAGAAAAUCAUAUUUUUUUAUUCAGAAACAUGAACAAAUAAAUUCAGAAUUGAUUAACAAUAAUUAUACCGAUGUUGAUGAUAAUAGUAGGCACAUUGUAGUUCCAUACACAAGUGCCCCUAUAUCUUUGGUUCAAGCAGAGCCAAUUACCACUGAGUCUACCAAGGAGAUUACCGAAUCUUUAUAUGAGCGGUUGGAGAAGACACCAAUUUUUGAUUAUCAUUUCGAGAAUCUAAUGGAGCAAAAUAGAAAAUCAUAUUGUUUUAUUCAUAAAUAUGAGCAAAUAAAUUCAGAAUUGAUUAACAAUAAUUGUAUCGAUGUUGAUAAUAAUAGUAGGCACGAUAUAGUAAUUCCACACACAAGUGUCCCCAUAUCUUCGGUUCCAAUUACCACUGAAUCUACCAGCGAGGUUACCGGAUCUUUAUACGAACGGUUGGAGAAAACACCGAUUGUUGAAGAUCAUGAAAAUUUAAUGGAAGAUCAAUUAGCAAAGACAUUAACUGUUGAGAAUUACCUAAAAGAUUUAACAGAACAACAAGAGAGGAUACUAGCAGAGAAGACUAAUCAAUUAUUAGACGCUAUCUUAGAAAUUAAAAGGAGGGCAAAAAAUGCAAUCAUGACUAUACCUGUUAAAUAG